AUGCAUGUUCUGUUCUGGAACAUUCGGGGUGUCCGAAAGGAGGCUGUUAGGAGGGCUUUGAAAUAUCUCCUUAGAGAAUCUUCGCUACAGAUUUUAUGUGUGGCCGAAACGAUGGUUGAGGUCAGUAGUUUUCCUUCAUUAUUUUUUGAUAAUUUGGGUUAUGCGGCUGAGGUGAUUCCCAAUAAUUGUCAAGAUAGGGUGCCCAAUAUUUGGGUUAUCCGGAAGCGAGGUAUGGCACAUCCUUCCCUGGUUUCAAUGUCAGACCAACAACUCACUGUUGAAAUUGAUUGGAUGGGUAAAAGAGUUCUCAUGUCUUUUAUUCAUGCCAGUUGUUUCAAAAUUGAGCGUAUAUCUCUUUGGUUUGAUCUUGCUUUGAUUUCUACUACUACUUCUCCAUGGGUAGUUAUUGGCGACUCUAAUGCCACUCUAAUGUCUCAUGAGAAAAGAGGGCUGGGUAAUUUUAAUUUGGGGUCGACAGCAGAGUUCCAGGCUAUGGUUGAUACGUGUAUGCUCCUUCCCUGCCCCUCUCAAGGGAAAAAAUACACUUGGUCGAAUAACCAUAAAAGGGCUAAUGUGCUGCCGGUCUUGGACUGGAGUUUUUAUAAUGAGCAGUGGAUUGAUGAGUUCAAGAAUGUUUCCCAGCAGGUUCUCACAUGCUCUGCGUUGGAUCACUCUCCUCUAUUUAUUCAGUCUUUUGCUGUUCCAAAACCCCCCAACAUCCCAUUUCGCUUCCAUAGCUUUUGGAUGGACAACAACGGUUUUCUCCCGAUGGUGGAGAAUGUUUGGUCCCAGUCUGUUAGUGAAAACUCGAUUUCUAGACUAGCCCAAAAGCUGAAAUUUGUAAAAUUAGUUGUCAAAGCUUGGGCAAAAGGGGCUUUCCCUAAUCUAAAUGAGGAGGUGGAUAAGGCUACGUCAAAUUUAAAAAGAGUGCAGGAUUCUAUUGCUGAAUCAUGA